AUGUCUGCCUCUUCAAACAGUGCUUCUCAACCUCCUUUGAACGCCUACGGUGCUCUCUGGGGUCCUCCGCUCAUUGCCACCUUCGUUGCCGCUAUUGUAUAUGGCAUUUCGGUCCUUCAAACCUUUUACUACUAUUCUCACCAUGGCAAGAGGGAUGGGCCCGGCUGGCUGAUACUCGUUGCCGCCAUCUUCGUGCUCGACAGCGCUGCCAUGGGGCUGUUCAUGUACUGCGCAUAUUAUUAUUCUAUCAUGUCGUGGGGCAUACCAGAGAUGUUGGAUCCGGAUGUUAAGGAGUUCCCAACCGAGUAUAUUAUCACAACGUUCCUUGCAUUCAUUGUGCAGAACUUUUACAUUAACACGAUUCGAGCAUUACGCGCUCCAAUCAUUAUCACAAUCCUCCUCUUCCUUACUUCGCUCACAGCAUUUAGCGCAGGCCUCAUCCUGCCCGCGGUUCAACUCAAACUAGCGUUCAUCCAUACAAUAGUCGUCGCACCCCUGAACCACCUAGCAUUCAACAUUGCUCGCGGAACUGCCUUGGCAUGCGACGUUGGCAUUGUCAUCGUUCUGUGUUGGCUAUUCUCCAUACGCAAGACAGGUGUACGACGUGCGAACAAUGUACUUGACGCGUUGAUUAUGUUCUCUGUUCAGCGUGGAGUGCUCCAGGCAAUUGUGCAGACUGGGGAAGUGCUUGCAUAUGCAAUCAAAUCGGAUGGGAUAUAUUUCCUCCCAUUCCAUGUUAUCGUUUCUCGCAUCUACUGCAACUCUCUCCUUGCUACACUGAAUUCGCGCGACUAUGUCCUCUCAAAGGGUCUAUCUAGUCGCGAACGCAUACAGAAGAUACGUCGAGAAAACGGUGACGCGGAGCUCGGUAACGUGAAAGAUGAUAACGGAGAGCAAAUACGGAACAAGGAAUUACCGGAACAAUCCAGGUUGCCUAUGGCGACAGAGUCGAGUGCCGGCAGGUGGGCGAGUACGAUGAACGCAACGCAAGCUAUCCUUACGAGUUUCCUCGAGCCACCUUUCCUCUUUACGAGUUCAACUUCUCAGGACGGGCGACCUGGGCGUAGUGGAGGGUCAAACGUGCAUACAGUCUCUAUAUCUGUAUCUGAGGGACCGUAUUCGAGUGUUGGUAUUACUUCACACUCGGACUCUGAGAGGGUUGCAUCGCGUGUUGACACUUUGAUGAACGAGUUGGCAAAGGCUCAGUCGACGGUGUCUCUCGAAACGUCUGGUCCGGAGACCCCUAUAACACCGAUCAAUUACCGUCGAGAUUAAACUGUACGGCAUUCGACUCAGUUUGACUCUAGUAAUCCAGUUGCUUUUAGUCAUAUUCGUGUAUUUGACGUUUUCCUCUGUUCAUUACUCCGUUCGCUAACUUCAUUGUCAAUGUCAAC